AUGGGGGAGCCCAGCAGAGAUGGGAGGUGGCUGGAGGCCCUGCAGCCCUCAGAGGUCCCGGAGCCCCUGGGGGUCCCACAGCCCCCGGGAGUCCCUCAGUCCUCAGGGGUCCCGCACCCGUCAGGGAUCCCAGAAACCCUGGGUGUCUCGCAGUCCUUGGAGGUCCCGGAGCCCCCAGGAGUCUCACAGUCCUCAGGGGUCCCGGAGCCCCUGGGGGUCUCGCAGCCCCCGGGGGUCCCACAGCCCCCGGGGGUCUUGCAGUCCUCGGGGGUCCCGGAGGCCCCGGGGGUCCUGCAGCCCACGCCACCCCCUGAGAUGCUGGAAGGACUCCUGAGCCAGUGCUUUGGACCCCUGCCCCAGCCAGCCACCAUCGCCCGCCUGCGGCGCGGCCCCGACGGGGGCUACGAGCCCACCGAGGACCCCGCAGAGGUGCUGGAGCGGCGGCAGGCGGCCAACGCCAAGGAGAGGGAGAGGAUCCGGAACCUCAACAGUGGUUUCUCCCAGCUGCGGACCCUGGUGCCGCUGGUGCCGCGGGACCGGCGGCCCAGCAAGGCCGACACGCUGCGGGCAGCGACGCAGUACAUCCGCCUGCUGCGGGGGCUGCUGCACGACACGGGGGGCUUCCAGCCACCGCCCUGCUGGUGCCCCGAGCUGUGA